AUGACCACUGAGCUGUAUCCAUACGAUUAUUUCGGAGGCCCAGAGAAUCAGGAUCCUGUGAAAGACGGCGUUAGGGAACGCUGCUGGUUGAUCGAUGAGAUUAUAAAGCCACAACUGCCGAACAUACUGGAUAAUGUGGAGAAAUGCCUGGCGAUGCUGCAUGAUGACCAGAUCUUCAAGAUGCCAAUAAGCAGCCGGUCGAACGAUGGCGGGACGGGCCCCUCGGUAAAGGGAGUUGUGACCAGACAGGGCCGCUACCUUCUGGAUUUUAAAGCUAUAGUCAAGUUCCCAGACUUUCACAAAGGCAAACAGAUCGCAUUGAGGAUGAAUACUGGCUCGAAGUUCCUCUUGUCUCAGGUUCAAACGAUAGAGUCGAACUUAGGCAGUAUUCUGCGGCUCCUGGAAGAGCUCGAGAUGGUAGCUGAUCCUGAAAAGUUUAUCGAAGAUAUAGGCAGAGUGCUCGAGCUGCUCAUUGGCUCUAUUAACGUGCUACAAAAUCCACCAAGGAAGCUUUCGUUCCCGGACAACAACAACUACCCGAUGAAGCAGAUGUUUCAAGAUUACCGUUUGCUUUGUGAGAAUUCGCAUUACGAGAUAAGUCUGGAGAUACUACUUCUCAAAAAUGAGCUCUGCAUAGAUUUCAGGAAUCUUGAGAAAGUAGUCAAGAAGCCGUGGUGCCACGUCGACCGUGAAACUGGAAAGUCCUUCAGCGACAAGAUCAAGGACAAACUGACGACAAACAGAUCGAAAAACCUGGAAAGUGUCCUGCGGGAGAACGGCGUGCAAAUCGAAGAGCCCACACUCAUCAACAACCUCAUGAUGUCGACGUUCAACACUGAGACAACCACGCUCUCUCAGGCGCAAAACUAUCUCAACAGAUGCGUCACCUUCGGCGGAAAAGUGGUGAUCGAGUGUGACAAACUGACGAUGACAACAAGCGAUCCGUUCCUCAUAAGCAUUACGACGAAGCUGAGCGCCCUGGAAAGCACGGUCAGUAAUUUUUACACGAAUUUGAAGAUAUGA